AGAGUGGUUGUGCAUUUAUAAAAGCGGGUCCCAAUUGGCUGGCACUUGACACAUGGUUGUGAUGUUGGUGCCGGCUUUCAUCCAGAUCAUUGAUUCAGUCAGGCUCGAUUUAGCCUUAUUGUUUCUGUGAUUCAUAUACACAAAUUUGAAUAUCUAUCACUCAAGCUCAGAGAAUUCUCGUGUUGUGGUUCCAAACCCAGCUUAAAACGGAUUCAGUGCCUCACUUUCCUGUUGCUUCCUUUCAAUUCCUCGCCUCAGAGUAAAGCAGCCCCUCCCUCACCCAUCUCGAACAAGUUUCACCCAAGCACAUUAAUCACCCACUAUCCGCAGCGAGAAAACCCAAGAAAUUGUCAUCUUACAUUGAAUCUUGCACCUAAUCACAGUCAUGCGAGCUCGUUAUAAAGGUCCAGCCGGUACCGGUAUCCUCGAGAUACCCGAUGAUGCCACUGUUAAAGUGCUAUUUGAUGAACUUCGAGCCAAGACAGGAAUUACCAACUUUGGCAUAAAAUAUGGCCCUCCUAUGGCUAUGAAGGCUCUUGAAGCUAGCCAAAGUGAUCAAAUUGCUCGAUCUCUUGGUCUUCAUGGUGAGACACUCACUAUCGUACCCGAGGACGUACCACCACCCGCACCUACUGCGCCGCUUCAAACUGGCGCUGCGCAAUAUCAAGCAAUGACAUCUCGUGCAGCAAAACGGAAUGAGAGCCCAGAGGAUGUCAACGUUCCGUGGCCAGAACAGGGUGGAACACUACUUCUAAGAGUGAUGCCCAGCGAUAACAGCUGUUUAUUCACAGCUUUUGGUGGUGCUCUGCAAGAUCAGAUCCCCGCUCAACGGUUGAGAAGGAUGAUGGCUGACUACAUUGUUGAACAUCCCGAGGAUUACUCAGAAGCUGUCCUCGGUAGCCCUGCCAGCCAAUAUUGCCGCAGUAUUCAAGACCCUGACCGAUGGGGAGGCGGUAUUGAACUGAGCAUCUUAUCCUCCAUCUUCGAUAUCCAGAUCUGCACGUUUGAUGUCCAGGCCCAAAACCUGAUCAACUUCGGAGAGGAUAAGAGAGAUCGCUGUAUUCUUGUUUAUUCAGGAAUUCACUAUGACCGAGUUGCCUUCAGCCUGUCUGACUACCCACAUGACUCGCCUACUUACCCCCCUGAGAUGGAUCGAACUGUUUGGCCGACUGAUGACGAUGAGGUACUCGAAAAGACCAGAGAGCUCGUCGAGAAGCUCAACAAGGCGCACUACUACACUGAUACGGAAGGACUGAUUCUCCGAUGUGAUGUGCCGGGAUGUGACUGGAUAGGUAGCGGCCAGCGUGAGGGACAGAAGCAUGCAGAACUCACUGGACACGUGGAUCUGAGUGAAAUCCAAGACGAAGGUGACAAUGUGCUCCGGAAGUGCGACACACCUGGAUGUGAUUUCAUCGGCCAAGGUGACAAGGUUAUGAGGCAGCAUAGUGCAGAUACUGCUCAUGAGAGAUUCUCCAUUAUUCCGGACUGGUGAGUGGGCACUGACAGAAACAUGAAGCCUUCGGUGCUCUUGGUCCUUCUAGACAUUUCAAGUAGUUUGUUGAGUUUUUGAACAUAGUUAGCGCUUCGAACACCGAAACAAGACAUUGCUUUGUAACCAUUGCACGCCGCUGAGGUUAUUCACAGUAAACCGAGAUCAAGUAGACAGAUGGUGCGAUGCAGCGAAAAGAGGUGUCUUGACAUGGCUGAAUUUGAGGUAUCUAUUGGUACAAAUGCCAUGAGAGAAUUGUGUUGUCCACUGAAUACCCGACGCAAAACUUGGUAACGGCUGGUAUCGCUUCUCAAAACACUUGCUUUCCAACCUUGUGCCUGGGAUUUCGAUUAGCCCAUCUUGCUGGGACAUAGAACAUCGGGAAACGGUCAUGUGGUUUCGUUGCUCUGCUGGGCGAGGAGGCAUUGUGAUACGUCUUUGUUUUUGAAUGAAAGCAUGACCAGAAAAAUGGGUUUGGUGAUCGCUUUCGAUGAUAAAAGGUCCUAUGCUGAGCAGGGUAGCUACUUUCCGUCCAGGCACAUCGAAGGCGACGUCUUUGCCAUUCAAUUGGCCUUUUUAGAGAGCUCAGGGUUAUGUACCGAGUCAAUGUUGGCCAGUGAAAGGUUCAGGAACUCAUGUUUGUUAGACCAAUUCUGCUGUCCCUCAGCAAACUCCUUCAUCUGCUGAGGGGGAGGCGGUGGGUCAGUGAUCUUGGUGAUCAGGUAUGCGGUGGAUGCUUCGGCAAUGCCAUAGACGAGUACGCCCACCAGAGGGAUUCUGACAAGGAUGUAGAAUCCCAGACCAAAACCAAACAGAACUCCCUCGCGGCUGCGGAACCAGUUUCGCUUUUGAUCCUUUGUAAAGUGAACACGAGCGAAGUAUGGUUCAAGCAACUCUCGCAUUAAACUUCUGGAAGAGAAGUAGCUCUGGAGGAAGAUUACCAGGUACCUUCGAGGGAGGAAAAUUCCCGUACCAAAGAUGAUCGAGGCCGGUCCUAAGCCCACGGCGUUGUUGAAGGUGUAAAAACUGGCUGCGGGCAGGACAAAUCGACCGAUAUAUGGUGUGUAUGAGAUCGCAAAAACUGCUAAAGAAAUACCACCCUUGCGAAGGAAGCGGUAGAGAAACAUGGAGACAGCCUGAGCGGUACUUUCAGAGUGCGUACUUCCAUCGGAGGGACGGUGCAUCUUGA